UAUAUUACUUAAGGACAUUUGAGCUCUGACACUUCCUUAUCCGUGCUCCCUGCUCAUCUUACAAGAAUAAUUAUUGAAGAUAUUUGAAUGCUGUCUUUAAGAAAUCAAGCGGGGAAACAAUAAAGGAUACAGUAAAUUUCAACAUAAACCACAACAAAGUAAUAAAAACCCUAGCCUAAAAGCAGACCUACUAAAAAUACUUAAAAAUGCUAAAUGAAAGCAAGAUUUUAUUAUGACUGCUUUGAAAAGCAAGUGGGAACCAAUUGUAGCUUCAAAGAGAAACUGGGAACAACUUUAAAAGCUUCUUGAUUGGAGUUUGGUUGUUUCUCUCUCUGUGUGUAUGUGUGUGUUCAGGUUGGUCUUUUGAGUGACCAACAGGAGAAGUUUCUCUAGUUUUCUUGGUAAGAUUUGAAAAGUGAUAUGUCAUUGCCUGCUCUCUUGGGCUGAAAGAGAAUGACUGUAGGGCAGGUCAAAUCUUAAAGCAGCAGUUCCCAGAAUUAAUUUCUGAGACAACUAUUGUAUCAAUUAGAAAUUGAUCAGUUUUGCAUCAACUACAUUGGACCACUGAAUGGCAGGGGAGAUUGUUAUUGUACAAAGUAGGGAAGCCUGGCAUAUAUUUCUUGAAGCCAGAAUGUCAGGGCAACUUGGUCCUUGAAAAAUGUUGGUUGACUAACAGUGUCAACCUCAGAUUCUUCUGGCCUGCUGUAAGGUUUAGCUAAUUACCACCAACAUUUAAUUGAAACUCCUUUUUUAUGCCCAAUUAUUCUAUUGACAUCUAACCCAGGGGUGUCAAACUCACAUUGUCAAGGUGGUAUCAUGUGACGUAUUGGGACUUUCCCCCCCUUCGCUAAACUGGGUGCGGGCAGCAUGUGACACAUCCGGCCCAUUGGCCAGGAGUUUAAAAGCCAUGAUCUAAUCACAAGUUUACUCAUUAAAUAAAAAUGAAGAGGUAUUCAUUUACUACCUGUUAAGUUCUAUUUAUUUAAAAUAUUUAUAAUUAUUUUUAUUCUUCACAGAAAAAGUUUACACUUUUUUCUUACGUUCUUACUUACAUUUCUACUCCACUUUCUUACUGUUGGAAGUAAGAGUUAUAGUUUCCCUUUCUUCAACAUGUUGUAUAUAAAUUAAUAUUUAAAUCCCCUUUCCAACAAUCAUUUUAGUUGACUUAGACAAGGGGUAUCACGGGCUGGCCAUGGCCACCCCUGGUUUAGCGAAGGGGGAAAAAGUCAUGAUACGUAGCGUGACGACAAUGCGUGUGACACCCCUGACUUAGACUGUGAAAUCUCAUUCAGUGAGCUUUUGUAAUCAAGGAUACUUGAACCUGGAUGUCCUCAAUCCUAGUGUAUCAUCUUAAUAUGCCACACGGUCUCUCUACUUUCAGAUUUACAAACUUAAAAAAAUAAAAAAGAAAAGAAAAGUUAAAUUAUUUAAACAUGGGUUUUUAUUGGCCAGUUGUGAUAAAUAUGUGGCCUGUUCAGUGAGUCCCAGGUCUUUGUAAAGUGGGACUCAUACUUUGGUUGAUAAUAGAUCUAAUGCCUCCUCUCAGACUGCUUCUUUCAAAUGUGCCUUACCUUGUCAGUAAUCUGAUUAUAGAACUGUUUUUACUGCCUUGCGAAUGUUCAGCAUACGUUUGAGAGGUUACUGGUUCUGAUGCUGUAGACUUGUUUGUCCUAAACCUUGUUUCUGUUGGUACACUAAAUCCCUUUACUCCUAUCCUGGAAAGUAUGGCUAAAUAUAUUUCUUUUGAGUUGCAGACCUUUUCCCAUUUGAUUUCUGGAUAAUCUAAUCUAACAUAACUUCUAUUAAGGAACUCUUCUAUUUUAAACUUCUCACAAAGAAGUCUUGAAGAUACCGACUUUCAGGAGCAUUUUACUACCUGUCUGGAUGUCACCAGCAUUUCCUAUGUUAACAGUUCUGAGUAUGUUUUACUAUAUUUGCCUUCGGCGCCGAGCCAGGACAGCAACAAGAGGAGAAUUGAUGAACAAUCGGAGAGCCAUUGAGUCAAAUAGAUCCCUACCUAUCAAUGUUGAAUUGGUCCAGUAUGCCAAAGAAGUGUUGGACUUCAGCUCACAUUAUGGCAGUGAAAACAGCAUGUCGUAUACCAUGUGGAAUUUGGCUGGAACUCCUAAUGUCUAUCCUAGCUCAGGUGACUUUACACAAACCGCUGUGUUUAGGACCUAUGGAAAGUGGUGGGAUAUGUGCCCUAGCGCACGAAUGCCAUUUACAAGGACCCCACCCAGUUUCCAAAGUCAGGACUAUGUAGAACUUGCGUUUGAGGAACAAGUAUAUCCUACAGCCAUACAUAUUUUGGAAACGUAUCAUCCUGGUGCUGUGGUUAGGAUUUUGGCAUGUUCUGCAAGUCCUUAUUCUCAAAAUCAGCCCAGUGAAGUAAGGUGGGAAACCCUUUGGUCAGAGCUACCUUCCAAGGUGAUUUUGCCUCAGGCACGUCAAUUUACACCUAGUAUCAAACAAAUAAAUUUUCCUAUAAAUUUAAUCCGUUUGGAAAUAAACAGUUCCCUUCUGGAUUAUUAUACUGAGUUGGAUGCUGUAGUGCUACAUGGUUUAAGAGAGAGACCUGUGCAUUUACUCAAUACUCCAAUUAUUGAUAUGAAUGAUCUAGAUGACGAUGAAGAAGGGGAGAGAGAAAGUUACAGCAGCGUGGACAGUCUCAACAAGCAGUUUAGCACUGCUGCCUUCAAAGACUGGACAACUAAUGGAUACUUUGAUAAAUUGCCUUAUGAGCUCAUCCAGUUGAUUUUGAGUCACCUUACAGUUCCGGAUCUAUGUAGACUCUCACAGACAUGUAAGCUACUAUAUCAACAUUGUUGUGAUCCACUACAAUAUAUUCAUCUCAGUUUGCAACCAUAUUGGGCAAGGAUUAAUGAUACAGCUUUAGAAUAUCUGCAGUCUCGUUGUAUCCUGGUCCAGUGGCUUAAUUUAUCUUGGACUGGGAACAGAGGAACCAUUUCAUUUUCUGCUUUUAGCAGGUUCCUGAAAGUUUGUGGUUCAGAACUAGUACGCCUGGAAUUGUCUUGUGGCCAUUUCCUCAAUGAGGCUUGUUUGGAAGUUAUUGCUGACACAUGUUUAAAUUUGCAGGAAUUAAAUCUCUCCUCCUGUGAUAAAAUUCCAUCGCAGGCUUUCAACCACAUUGCCAAAUUGUGCAACCUUACACGUUUAAUUCUUUAUCGAACAAAAAUAGAGCAAACGGCACUGCUCAGCAUUCUGAACUUCUGUUCAGAACUUCAGCACCUCAGCCUGGGAAGCUGUAUAAUGAUUGAGGACUAUGACACAAUAGCUAGUAUGAUGGGAGCCAAAUGCAAAAAACUUCGAACAUUGGAUUUAUGGCGAUGUAAAAACAUUUCUGAAAAUGGAUUAGCAGAGCUGGCUGCUGGCUGUUCACUGUUGGAGGAGCUUGAUCUUGGCUGGUGCCCGACUCUUCAGAGCAGUACAGGAUGCUUUGCAAAACUUGCCCGAAAACUACCAAAUUUGCAAAAGCUUUUUCUGACAGCUAACCGAUCGGUGUGUGAUUCUGACAUUGAAGAACUUGCUGCAAAUUGUACAAAUCUUCGGCAGCUUGAUAUUUUAGGGACAAGAAUGGUAAGCCCGGCUUCUUUAAGGAAAUUGCUGGAGUCUUGUAAAGAAUUGUCCUUACUUGAUGUGUCCUUCUGUUCACAAAUUGAUCACCGAAUUGUCCUAGAACUGAAUGCCAGCUUCCCUAAUGUGCUCAUCAAAAAGAGCUUCACUCAGUGACUCAAUUCAUAUGUUGCCAUAUAGAACUGAUCUGAUGAUUCUACUUCCUGGGAAUUUGUAAUGGUUUUUUUUUUCAAAGAGAAAAUAUAUAUUUUUUGUGAGGCAUGUGGGAAAGGCUAAUUCUUAAUAUGAAGGUCAAAUAUGAAAGAUUUAAAUAAUGGCCAACUAUUUAUUGUGAUACAAUUCUUGUCAAAUGAUUAUUGUUGAAAGCAUCUUGUAAAUGUUAGAAGAUAUAUACUUAAAUGUUCAUUAAGCAUUUAAUCUUACUAGGAUAUUACUAUUAAAAUAAUACAUUUGAGAAAUGGAAAAUAAAAUCAUUUUAAGUUCUGACAUUUACUUUUAAGAUAUAAAUAUUGGAAGAACUUAAAACCUGAAUGUCUUGAAGUAUAACACCUAUUUUAUUCAAAUAGUUUCACCAACCCAUUCAGACUGAGAGCCUUGGUGUUUCUAGUAAAUGCAAUAUAAAGAGUUUGUAGUUUCUGAGUCAUCCAGGUCAUGAUUGUCCCAAAGGUGGUUUUUCAGGAGGUAACUGGACUUUUGAAGAUGUUUUGCUUCUCAUCCAAGAAGCUUCUUCAGCUCUGACAGGAUGGUGAGGAAUGGAAGGAUUUAUAUUCCUUGCAAACAGCUGGUCAUUUGCAUCCUUUUAGAGGGUUGUUGAAGCACUUGGAGCUUUAUCUGGGUCCUCAAGGUCACCUGAGUAGUGCUUCUGGUUCCUGUAGUCUGCAAUUUUUCCUUUGGAAAUCCAUUCCUACUCCCAUACCAUUCAAAGGGUGUUCAUCCCAGAUUGUAUAGCUAAAAUGACCUGGAUGACUGAGACUCUCUAUAGACCAGGGGUGAAAUCCAGCAGGUUCUGACAGGUUCUGGAGAACUGGUAGAUGAAAUUUUGAGUAGUUUGGAGAACUGGCAAAUACCACCUCUAGCUGGCCCCAGAGUGGGGUGGGAAUGGAGAUUUUGCAAUAUCCUUCCCCCAGAAGUGGGAAGGGAAUGGAGAUUUGCAGUAUCCUUCCCCUGCCACGCCCACCAAGCCACCCCCACAGAACUGGUAGUAAAAAAAAUGGAUUUCACCACUGCUACAGACAUUUGCCUCCUGAAAAAAGUACCUUUGGGACAAUAUAAUGAGUUGUUUAUUUUAGAAUUUUUUUACCAUUUAAUGUUUUAUUUAUAUAUUUAUUUUUAAGUGGCUGUUUUGCUAGAGUGAAGGAACAGCCCACCUGACAGUCUCUGAUGGAGCUGAGAAUUUCUCCCCCAGUUUCAUUUGGGGAGCUCCGAUCCUUUCUUUUCUGCUGUCAUAUUAUCAGUCAUGAAAAAAGGUGGUGAUGAGCAUGCCACCUUUUGGAGUGUUUUCCAAUUGCCUCUCUUUGCUCACUUGUUAGAAUUCCAAAACAAGAUGUAACAUUAAGGGAUCUCAUUAUUUUGGAACAUUACCAAAUACGUUUAGAAUUGAGAAUUUAGAAUUGCAUCCAUGUGAUAAGAAUUACCAACUUUAAUCAAACGAAUCAUUUUGGGGGGAAAAUGAUUGUCCAGUUGAUUAGGAGGUCUGAAAACAAAUUUAAACUAUUAACUUUACUAAUACAGCAAUUUGCUUAGAACUAUUUUCUACAUAUACAGUGAAAUAUCCAAAUUAUAAAAGUCAUCACAUCUUUUUUUUAUCUUUCUGUCGGUCAAAUACUAACAGUAUUCAUAUAAUAAUUAUUUGAGCUUUGUCUAAAAUAACUUAGAUAUUUGAGUUGUAUGUAAUUGUGUCCAUUUUCUGAACAACUUACUGUCAGGUUUCCAAGUGAUGAAACCCAUUCAAAAAGAAAUAGAGAGCUAAAUAAAACGGCUACACAUAUGUCAAAUUCGGGCUCGUCAGUUACAUUUCUAGCAGGAUGGUCUAGAAUUUCCUUGCUCUCCAAAUUUCUCUAUAUGUUUGGAAAAUUCGCAUGGACUAUUUGUGGAUUUCUGGAGAAAAGAGGGGAAUCCAACUUGUUCAAUGAUACUGGAUGUUGUGUUUUAACUUUAUCAGUAAUGCUAAUACUGAACCUUAUACUUCACUACUGAAUAGUCCAAUAGGCAUAAAUGAGCCCUCUUAUAAUGCAUUCAAUAUUUUUAUUUUAAAAACAUGCUGGAAAUUGUAAUUUCUGUUUGUUCCAAUACAGAUUAUUAAGUCAGCUUUUGUAGAAACAUUUCAGUCAUCUUUGGGGAUUCCACUAUAGUUCAAAAACAUUAUUCUUGUAAUUUUCAUUUCCCCCCAGCUCAACGAGGUCAGCCAGAAACAUUUGAAAAAUAGAAUCUGGCUUUUUGGCAGCAAUGGUUUUUCUGAUCAGACUUCAGGGGUCUGCAACCUGCGGCUCUGGAGCCGCACGUGGCUCUUUCAUCCCUCUGCUGUGGCUCCCUGUCACCCAAAAUAUGCGUCACAACUGCCAGUGUGCGACACCCACCGGCAUGUGAUUUAUUGAGCUUCUCAGCCCAUCUUUUUUUUCGGAGUUCAAAAUGUUUUUGUUGCAUGCAGAAAUAUUUUUCCCUCUGUAGCAGUUCAUUGAUUUCAUAAACGCAACACACUAUAGGUUUUUUUAUACAUAGCAUGAAGGUAAAAAAACGACAUAUGCAGUGUUAUCUUCAUUUUAAAUGUCAAAAGGGUUUUGGGGCUCCCGGUGUUUUCUUUUCUGUGGGAAAUGAGUCCAAAUGGCUCUGAUUGUUUAAGAUUGUCGACCCCUGUGCUAGGUCAACCUUCCUCACUGCUGUCACCUCUUUUCUCUCCUAUCUCAAGUUAAGUUUUGGCCAGUGAUGAUAGAAAAACUUUAGUGAGAAAGCUGCUGUUUUCCAACUAAUCAUGAAACAAGCCAAGUAAAAUCACUAUUACCAUUGUCAAUCUUAUUUUUGAAAUAUUUGUUUUCAUAUGAACUCUCAUGAUACUAUUGAUUUUAAAUUUUGUGUCAGAAUUUCUAGAUAGCUGUACCUCUUUCAUUUUUCUGGGACUUAAACCAGCAUACCUAUUUUUUUUUUUUUUGCAUCGUAUCUGCUCUCUACUGAUGCAAUUUCAUAGCCAAUAAUAAAAAAAAGAAUAAAGAGUUAUCUUCUAAAUUCUUAAGAAAGACGUUUUUGUGCUGAAUAUAGUAUUCUAGAAAUAUAUUAAAUUUUAAAUUGGAUAAGGAGGAUUUCCUGAAUAAAAGGAAAUCCAAAGUAUUAAUUUACUUGCCCCUUUUCAAGUUUUGUGAAUUUUUUCACAUCUUUAAAACGAAUUUUACCAAGCUUGAGGUGGAAUCUGCCAACAGAAAAGAAAUCCAAGUGAAUGAAUAGUAAUAAAGUUUAGUACUUAGUUUAGUAUUAUUAAUUAAACAAAGUGAUCCAAUCUUUACCACUUUAGAUUGAGUAACUACAUGUACCAUCUUUAGUUGCGACAACAAAACUCUUGCUGUAAUUGGCAAGUUACUCUUGUAUUUUGUUUAUUUAUCAAAUUUAUAUACCACCCAUCUCACUGUCAAGUGACUCUUUGUAAGAAUUUUGAUCCAUUCUUUUAUGGCAACUUACUUCAGGAUUUGAUAGUCUUCUAGCAUAAAUUUCUAAAU